AUGGAGCUGGAAUAUUUGAAGCAUGUUAGAGUACCAAGAUGGUUACACUGUGAUAGCGGAUUUGAGAAUAUUUCAUUGCAUUUUUUUUGCGACGCGAGCAAACUAGCCUAUUCUGCGGUUGUUUUCCUACGAGUUGAUAGUGGAAACUCUGUACACAUACAACUGGUGCAGAGUAAAACUAGAAUUGCACCUUGUGGAAAAAAGGAAACAACUAUUGCAAGGCUGGAACUUCUUGGUGCUGCUAUAUCUGCUCGUCUUUCUUCCACUGUCUUGAAAGAGUUUCCAACAGACAAUGUUUAUUUCUGGACAGACUCUACUACUGUGCUGGCUUGGUUGAAGAGAGAAGAACCGUGGGGUGUAUUUGUUUACAACCGUGUUCAAGAAAUUCGAAAGCUGACACCAGUCAAAGCCUGGAGACACGUUCCUGGAUCACUGAAUCCAGCGGACUGUCCGAGUAGAGGGUGUUCAGCGAAGCAGCUUUGCAGUUCGAAAUGGUGGGAAGGUCCCAGUUGGUUGUACCUUUCGUCUCAUGAAUGGCCUGUCAGUGAUGUGGUAGUAGAUGUCAAUGAGGAAGAAGUCAAUAAAGAGAGAAGAGCUAUCGUGACCUCUCUGGUGAAUAUUCAAACAACCGAUAUAAAGAGUGAAUAUUUUUCCACCUAUAGUAGAAACAUCAGAGUAGUGGCAUGGAUUCUACGUUUUAUUCAUAACGUUUCAAAUGCAACCAAGCUAAAAGGAAACUUAGUCUAUGAAGAAUUCAGACAAGCAGAGAUUUUGUGUUUCAAGUCCAUGCAGUCAAAUGCCUUUCAAGAUGAGAAACUUCUUGCUAAAAUGCAAGCAUUUAAAGAUGAAGAUGGGCUUCUGAGAAUAAGAACCAAACUAGCAGACAGUUGUGAGAAGGAAGAUUUCGGUGCGGAUCACAUGCGCGAUUCAUUAGAUGCAGGACAGAUUCAGAUCUAA